CUUCUUCUUCUACCUUUGUUUCUCAUCUCAAACCGCUCACUUAAUCUCCCUGCAGAUCUUGAGCAGACGCUUUCAACUCUCUCUAUUCCUAUGGUUUUCAUGAUCUUCAUGUAGAAUCUUUAGUUUCUCUUUAUCAAAUCAAUUGGGAAAUAAGCUUCUCCAUGUAGAUCUAGAACAAACAUUUAGGCUUCUUCUUUGGAAAUUAAAAGGGGGUUUCUUUUUUUUUUUUUUCCUUAUCAAAUCAAUCGAGAAAUACCCAAUCUUAUGCUUUAGCUCUGAAUUGAAGAUGGGUUAUUUCUUUUUUCAUUUUGAUUUUUGAUUUCAAUCAGGCUUUUCUUUGUAACCAUCCAUUUUCUUAUUUAUUUUGUUCAUCUAGAUUUAUACACGUAUUAUUGAACUGAUAAGAUCGUAAUUGGAUCUUUUUUUUCAAUUCUUCUAACUCUCUUCUAAUAGGUAAGUGCAGGGAACUCCAUUAAUGGAGGAUCUUUUUGAACUGAAUACAACAAUGCCGUAGGCUAACACUCCGAGCAACACACGUGUCUGAUAUGAAUUGGGGCCUGCACUGCGAAUUGCAUAUACUCCGAAAUCAGGCAGUACUGUUGGAUCUUCAGUAGUCCGUUGAUUGAAAAGCCACCACGUGUUAUUGAACCGCCGCCAUUGUCCAUCUAGAAACCAUCUAGAGAGUUCCAUUUCCUUAUGUUAUAAAUAUCUCUCAAGACAUUUGGGGCGAAAUCAUUUUGCUGCUCCGAAAAGAUCUUUGAUUUGAAAGAUCGGAAAAAUGAAGAAAGCUUCUGCCAGGAACCCUAGAUAUCAAAUCAAAAGCUCUGCAAACAGUAAGCAGUCUCGAGGAGGCAAAGGCAAAACUCAUCAUGAACUAUAUUCCUCUGAGGAUGAUGUGUCAGACUAUGAGAAAGAGUCGAACCAGCAUCGAAGAGUUUCUGGCCGUGACACCAGGAAUAAGGGAACAAGUGUGAAGAAAAUUGAACGAAGCUCUUCUUAUGACACUAAAGGGAAGGGCAAAACUCAUCAUGAACUAUAUUCCUCCGAGGAUGAUGUGUCUGACUAUGAGAAAGAGUUGAACCUGCCUGGAAGAGUUUCUGGCCGUGACACCAGGAACAAGGGAACAAGUGUGAAGAAAAUUGAACGAAGCUAUUCUUCUGAAGUCGGCAAAUCUGCCAAAGAGUAUCAAGGAAAGCCUAGAAGAGUUUCUGGCCGUGACACCAGGAACAAGGGAACAAGUGUGAAGAAAAUUGAACGAAGCUAUUCUUUUGAAGUCGGCAAAUCUGCCAAAGAGCAUCAAGGAAAGCUUGAAGGAGGCAAGGCGAAAACUCAUCAACCACUGUGGCCCUCCAAAGACUCUUCCUCUGAAGAUUCUGUGUCAGAUUUUGAGAAGGAGUCGCAACAUGUACUCAAAAUUCAACCUCAAAGAGUUUAUAACACCAGAAGCAAGGUUCAAAUCCUGAAAAAACCUGUUCGAAAAAUUUGCCCUGCUCAAGAAAGAAGGGUAGGAUACAUGGAUGGUGAUCGGAAGGAAACUGGAUGCUCUUUGAGGGAUGCUUUAUCCGAAAGUCUGGAGAGUUUCUAUAGUGACCUAUAUGGAAGUAUCAAUGGUGAUGUUCGUUACAAGGAAGUUAAGUCUGAUUUGUAUGGAACUCUUCGAGCUCUUACAUUCGAAUUGGUGAAUAACAUGCUCUAUAAGAUGGAUGGAGUUCAGCCGUUGCAGUGGGAAGAAACUCAUUUGAGUGGGAGGAAGCUCAGCAGGAGUUGUGGGAUUGACUGUUGUGAUGUUAGAGGAUGUCUCUUUUUGUUUCAUUGUAUUGUUUGUGAAACUGAUAUAAUACUUGUAAUGGAUGUCCCUUUCACGGACUCACCGAGGGAAACCCAAGUGGUUUUUUUUUUUUUGGGAAUUUUUUAGUUUUUUUUUUCCAACUUAUGAAUCUGUGCUACAUUACAUUUUCUCCAGGCUUUUCUUCCAUGUGCUGGUUCUAGCCCCUCUGGUUGAUAUAAUGGAGUAAUGGAUCUAGUCUCUUUUGGUAUUAUCAAUUUGCAGCCUUUUUUCUCU